GCUGAUCGAGACCCUGCUAGCCUUCCCAAUUGCACUCCUGCUCGUUCUCAUGCUUCAAUCUCUUCUAUGGAAGUGGACCAUCCGCUGUAUCCCCGUCUACCGCGUAAAAUUGCGUCUGAGCAUGUACAGCCUGUACAGCCUGCAGUUUUCGGCUUUGGGGGGGCACGACAGUGCGAUCCUGGAGUUUACCCCGCAAUCAUGUUCACUGACUACGCCGCCCUGAUGCCGGGAUCGUUCCUUUCGCCUCUCGAGCUGCGCGAAGCCCCGCGUCGUACCGUCUUCCGGUGGGAGCCGCCCACCGUGCAACAGCGGGAUGACAAGUCUAGAGAGCCUACGACGUCUCUGCUCGAUAACGCGCCAUAUCGCAUGGACUCUGCUGACGACUUAGACUCGGGCAACGACGACUAUGUCGUGAACGAUAUCCAUGCCACACCGCAUUACCGAGAGAACGAGGAUGACGACGAGAUAGAAGUUUCAUCCAUCCUACAUGUCGGCGAUACAGAUGAAUCCAUGGAUGACGAGUCAGCUCCGCUACCGCGGUCUUCCCAGGAUCGGUACGCUCAGAUAUCUUUCGGAGGCGGCGGGCGCUCUGUGGGAGGGCAUCCGGCGUCGUCUGUUGUAUACGACAGCGAAGAAGAUGUAGUCAUGGAGCCAGCUGCUCCGUCCCGGUCGAGUAAGGCGAGGGGCACUCACGUAUCCUUUGUAGGGGGGAAACGCCGCAAACGGAAAAAUCUCCCCGAGCGGAUUGACGUGGCUAUUCCGACAGAUCAGGAGAGAAAGGAAUACUUGGCUAUACUGCGGCAUGUCUUCCGCGAGAACUAUGGGCUCGACACGGACAUCGACUGGUACAAAUACGUUCCUGCGACGAAGGAAGAGAUGGAGGCAUACGAGAACGAACAGAAUACUGGCCCAAGUUCCGUUACGUGUGCCUACAUCGGGCCAGGUUGGAAGACAUGCCGGUGGAACAAUACCAUCUUCGAAAUCGCGUUACGGGACUUCAUCGCCGAGUGCGAGAUGCGAGGGAGGUCGGGGGACGAUACAGACUAUCUCCUUGGCCUCGUGGUAGACAAGUUCGACCGCGGCUUCCAGAGAUGGAAGAAGCAGCAGCCAAAGCCGGGAGAGACACCUGAGGCUACCCAUGCGCGCAAUGUCCAGGAGUACGACGAUUCAUUAGAGAAGGCGCGGGUGCAGGUCAAUCGCCGCAACAAAUACUCCCGACGCGUUACUACCAUCGACAGGUGCCAGAAGCAGAAGACUUCUCCUGGACGUCUCAAAGGUCGCUUGCGCCGAGCCGUUGCUGUAUAUCUGGACAUUGGAGGAGACGCGUGCAUGAGCUCCGACGAUGACUGCGUCGACAACCUCGGAAGAACAGUUCGUCGCAAGAGAGUUCAACCUUGGCGUCCCAAGGAAGUCAACCACGCUAUGGCGGUCACGGAUUCGCUGCGAAGUAUCCCUGGGUUGUACUCCGGCCGCGGCACACUACCCGCUACGAGCGUACCGGGCUUCAAUGAAAGCAGACGAGACCCGCCGCGCGGGCUUCCUAUCAGCUUCUACGACCGUGAUUGGUACGAUCACCUCACGCCCUACCGGAAGGCGGUUCUUGGCGCUCUCCCCGACGACCGGUACGACUGGAUCUUUGAAGCGUUCCGGGGUAUUACUCGUAGUACUCGGUGAUCGCGUUUAUAGCACAUCUACAUACAUGUAUUCUAUAUCGGACUGGCCCACUUGCAGGCGAGUGGCAGUCAUCAUAUUACCAGUAGUUUGAGCUGACUAGCGUUGAUUUUAAU